GUCAGCUGAAAAACAACUCGACACCGCUCACUCUGCUUCCUCACUGUAGAGUCCCAGCCCAUUGACCGAGGAGCACAUCCACACCUGCGUUUCAUGUCCCGGGUCAUCUUGGUGAUAUCGCCCCGAAUAAUAUUUGUCGAGGAGUCUGACAACAUGACAAACCUGUCGGGUCUGUAUUUUCUGCAAGGGAACGCUGUCCUGCUUGCCUUUGCGAUGCUGGUGUGGUGCUGUCCCACCACGCAGGUAACGCUGCAUCGGGACCGCAGGGUUGUGGCGGUAGACGACCCCCUGGUUGACGGCGUCCGAUCUGAUGGCCACUCGAGCUCGUUGCUGGUCUCUGGAGUUGGAACUUCAGUCAUGCCGUCGUCAGUCGUUGUCGACACUCACCGGCAGGUAUACAACAGGGAGUCGGUGUCGGGUGGGACACGGUCGUCGGGGAAUGACGUCCCCAGUGGAGUGCACAAUUCCAUGCAUCUUGACUCCACGAAAUUCCCGUCGGUGAGACCUUCCACAAGAGAAAUCAUUGAGAAACAGUGGGGAGGUGGGUCUAGAGAAAGUACAGGAAGGGGGCAAUCGCCAUCGGGACACACGCGGACAGGAGCAUUACAUAAAUCAGGAGGAGCCGCCGCCGCCGCUGGAAGCACCGGCAAAGGUGUCAGGAAGGGUACCCAAGAGUCGUCAGAUCUACCUCCAGAGGCCGAUGGAGGAGGGGGUAGAGGAAUGGAUGUAAUUGGAGCAAUACCAGGAGAAGGGAAUAAUGAACCAUCGGAAAGAAUCAUAGACGACUCGCCGAUAGCAGGAGGGGGAAUCGACGUCGACGGAGCUGUGAAAUACGACGUCCCGAAGCAGACGACGUGUGAGAAAUGUAAGAAACAGCGCGACGAAGAGCUCCUGGAGCAGUACGAUCCCAACGCCCUGAUGCAGCUUCGGAUAGAAACCAUCAAACGCCGCAUCCUUGACAAACUCCGGAUGGAACGCCCCCCUCAAGUCAACAUGAGUUCAAUCAACGUCCCAGCGCCUCUGUCAGAGGGUGCUUUCAUAGCUGGAGGCGAGGAGGAAGUUCGGCAUCAUGUCCAUCAAGUUCCCAGUGAUGCAGAGGAAGAUUAUGAUACAUCGGAGGAUUAUUAUGGAAAGACAACCAGGGUUAUCAUAACGGCCAAAGCAGCUUGGCGUUUAGCAGCAAGAUCAUGCCGAGUUCCUACGGGAGCCAUAGCAGAUACAGAAAGUUUCAAGCCAGGUUGUCAAUUCAGACUGGAGUGA